CCACAGUCUAAGCACUGUCUCGGGUGCGUGUGCGUCUUUUCUGGUCUGAUCUUCACUCGUCUCCUCAUUUCAUUCCUCACUUCUCAAUCUGCACAUUCGUUGUUGCGAUUAUACCGUCGUUCAGCCUGCAGUUGCUUACUCCCCAGGGUUGCUGUUCCACCACAGACGCGCACGGGUUUUCUUUCGCGUAGACAAAGCAAGCCACCAGAGCUCGCUGAACUUCUGUUAAAUAGCUUCCCUCGCUUCUCUGCUUCUCGUCUAUACGCAACGAAGGCGUACAUUCGCUCAGCCCGCCGCCAGCCUGACAAUGCGCUCUUUCCGCCAGCUCGCCCUCUACGGCCUGCCGCUACUCGGUGGAGUGGUCGCCAACCAAGGUCCCGCGUCGCCAUCUCCCACCAAGAGCGAGGUCCAGAACGCAGUCGAGGCCGUCUACGCGAACGCCAACGAGGCUUUCCAGGACCUGCUCAACGCUCUACCCGAGGAGUCUCUGCACGUGGCCUUGAACAGCCUCAAUCAUUUCCGCGAGGGCGUCUUCGAGUCGAACAAGCGUGGCGUCGAGCACAUCCACCAGGACAACCCGCCGCUUGCUACCAAGCUUAUCGUUGCUGCCGUAAACGACCUCAAGAAGAGACAGGCACCUACCUCGAACAAUGGAACCGCUCCCACAUCCCAGACCGAGCAGCCUCAGAGCACAGAAGCCCCCCAGAGCUCGGACACCCCCCAGAGCAGCCAACCCCCCCAGGAGAGCAGCCAGGCCCCAGAAAGCUCUGCCGACCAACCGCAAAGUACUCGUGCACCGGGAAGCUCCAAUGCCGCGCCGCAAAGCAGUGCCGCUCCUCCGGAGAGCUCCGCCGUCGUCGUCCCCAUCGCCCCUGACGACGUACACCCCGGGCAGCGGACGCGUGAGCAGCAUCGUGCUGCUGACCACGACGGGCGCGGACGGCCAGCAGAGCGUGGUGACGAGUUACACGUACGUCGACCCCGCGGCACAAGCCACAGGCGACAGCUCCGAGGAGCCCAGCAGCACGGCGAAGCCGAGUCUGCAGAAGGGUGCGGUGGCCGGAUACCGCGUCGUGGACGCUGCUGUGCUCGGCGGCGCUGCGCUUGCGUGGUUCAUAUGAUACGAUUAUGGUACACUGCCAUUCCAAGUGAAGGAGAGAAGAAAGAAGAAAGCAAAAACACACAUAACGAUAUCACGACUCUCCUCAUGCACGCUCCUUACGGCCGACUGUACAACGUCCUGCAUUCGUCCCGACAUGGAACUGUCCUUAUCUGAACAUUAGCGGUGCAUUGGGAAACAGGGAAUUCUUUUUUGGGAGCAAAAUCUGGGUUUCAAAUGCAUAGUACACGGAGUCUUUGGCUCAGUUUCUCUCCUUAUUUUUGCAAUGGCAAAUGUAUAAUGAAUGGGCUGGGAAAAGAAACUGUGAAGGGCUAAUCAGGGUCAGUUGACAUGCGCAUGGGGAAAGCCCCAUCAAAUCACCGUGUAGUGGUCAGCUCAUAGCUAUAUCGUGCAGACUGAAGCAUUUGUUAAUCUCCAAA